GGAAACACCAGAGGCCGCAUCCUCAUUGGCUCCCGGAGGCCGGAAGUGCAUGCGUCUGGCGGAAGUGCUCCUCCUGCGAGCGUCCGCCCGGCCCGGACCCUCAGAGAUCAAAAUGGCUUCCAGAGGAAAGACAGAGACAAGCAAAUUAAAGCAGAAUUUAGAAGAACAGUUGGAUAGACUCAUGCAGCAAUUACAAGAUCUAGAGGAGUGCAGGGAGGAACUUGAUACAGAUGAAUAAGAAGAAACCAAAAAGGAAACUCUGGAGCAACUAAGUGAAUUUAAUGAUUCACUGAAGAAAAUUAUGUCUGGAAACAUGACUUUGGUAGAUGAGCUGAGCGGAAUGCAACUGGCUAUCCAGGCAGCCAUCAGCCAGGCCUUUAAGACCCCAGAGGUCAUCAGAUUAUUUGCAAAGAAACAACCAGGUCAACUUCGGACAAGGUUAGCAGAGAUGGAUAGAGAUCUCAUGGUAGGAAAGCUGGAAAGAGGCCUAUACACUCAACAGAAAGUGGAGAUACUCACGGCUCUCAGGAAACUUGGAGAGAAGCUGACCGCGGAUGAUGAGGCCUUCUUGUCCGCAAACGCAGGUGCUGUGCUCAGCCAGUUUGAGAAAGUGUCUACAGACCUCGGCUCCGGAGACAAAGUUCUUGCAUUGGCAAGUUUUGAGGUUGAAAAAACAAAACAAUGACGCGGUGCGGCGGCUUGGGACAUUGGUCACAUUCUUGCUGUAAAUGGCGUUUGUCUCCUACGGAUUUUGAAUCAUUGCAAAGAAGAGAUUCUUGAAAUGCAUUGAUAACCUAAGAAACGGUGACAAAAUAUGCUUUGGCUUCUGGUUAUCCCCUUCCUCAUUGUGUUCCAGGCCUGCCUGCCUGCGGGAUCCCAAAUUGUUGGGGUACGGAACCCAUCGGACCUUAUUCGUUAUGUCUUGUGUGAGAGAAGGAACAGAGAACAGUCUCUCGGCCUGUUUUUAUUAAGCCUCCUUGUUUCAAGUGCUGACAGUAAAUGAAAAGAUGUGAACUAA